AUGGUCGGGGUUCGCUUUGCAGACUCGGUCGAAAUGGAGGAGAGGGAAGGGAACGGCUUUGACAAAAGAGAGACCGACGCCUUCAUCCAGGAUGCCAGAUCAUCAUCCUUCGACAUGGACCGGGAUCCAGCUGCGCGACCCAGGAACGCGCAAGCCAAGCGCCGGCUGAUCCAAAGCUCAAUGAUCCCGUGGAUCCUGACCUGCUUGUUUGCAUUGACGUCUUUUCUCCUGCUCCUUGAGCGCUACGGGAUACGUAAAUUCGGCACAUAUGAAGACAGGUUGUCUACGGAUCUGUGGAGCCUGAGACGAGUCCCUCUCGAGGUGAAACGCUUCGUCGGCAGCCCGAAGUUUGAUGAGAACGGUACUAUGUGGAUGGAUGCGACUGAUCCCGAGGCGAGGUGGCCGGACAACCUGAGGUUCACAGGUGACCUGUCAGACGAGAUCGACGAUAACUGGAACGAGAUCGUGGAGGACCGGUACUUCUCUGUUUCUGAAGCUGAAGCUAUCGAAGCGUGGGGCGACAGAAGGCAUGAGUAUGUUGAUGAGGAAUACGGCGGAUAUACCGCUGGACUAGAUGUGUUUCACACGCUCCAUUGCUUGAACAAAGUUCGGAAAGCGAUAUACCCGGAAUAUUACGGCAAUGAGACAUCUGUCAGGACGCAAAAAGCCCAUCUCGACCACUGCAUCGACUCGAUCCGCCAGCACAUCAUGUGCUACGGGAGCACGACACCGAUCCCCACCAAAUGGAGGGAGGGCGCACAGCGACAACACUUUGACUCGAACCAGGAUCACGUGUGCCGGAACUUUUCGCACCUGCACAGGUACAUGACGCGGCGGAGCAAAGGUGGUGAUCUAUACGCCCCGCGCGACAAGUCACUGAUGGGAAUGGCAAAGGCAUGGGAGCACGAGUGGGAGGAGAACGACCUUCCUCACUGA